AGUUCAUGUAUAAAAAGUUGACAAAUAUCAGGGCGUAAUUGCGUGCCGGCAAGCACACGAGCUCUAGACCAGGCAAACAAGGUGAUUCACGUGUUGUGACCUUAGUUGGGGUCGAUUCGAGACACUGAAGUUUUCAUCAAGUAUUACAGUUGGCGGAGAAAUGAGCGGAAGAAAAAGAUAAUAACCCUACUGUGAGUUUCUAUUGGAGGAAGAAUGUAACGGCUGAUCACCAUUACUACCUACUGUGCAGUCAGCAGUGUGCCGUAUGUGCUGUAUGUGCUGUACCGUGUAUAUAUGUACCGCAUAUAAUCCGUCGCGAACUGGUCUAUACAUAUAGGUAUAUACAUGUGAUAUGGAUUACAUCGUUGAUGUCCAGUUUGACCUGAUGAGGUUUGAGAUUGAGGUAUGAUCGCAAAUUCACCAGUGGCUGUUUCAGUCUGUUCGGUGUCAAUUUUCUGGUCAGUCACACAAAUUCACAGCCAUCAGAGGUUGACGGUCACGAUUGUAAAAAUAUAUUUAAUAAAAACUUUGUAACGCUUCAGAUAUUGAUCUAGAAAUGUUUCUGUACUUAUGAUUUUUGUACUGAUACAAGAGAUUUCUAAAUGUUCGUAACUUAAUUUUACUGUAGGUUACCGAAUUGCUGAUAAAAAUCAUUGCUCCAAAAUGUAUUUUGGAGUACACUUCCCACAGUUCCCACUGUUUUGAUCGUCAUUCGGUUCUUAUACGCGGUGACACGCAUAUAGGUACACUGACACUGACCUGUGCCACACUGUGUUUGUAAUUAUAGUACCAGCACAGCUGUCGUGUUCCAUAGAUGUUUUUCGGAGUACAAGUGUGCGUUUAAUUCGAAAACGCUGGCCAGCGAGAUUUGAUACAGGAGUUCCGCAUGAGACGUCAACGAAACGUGCGAAAAUGGUAGACGAGUCGACGAGAAAAACGCUCAGCAGCAUUCCACUGCUGAAAACAAAAGCCGGACCACGCGACAGCGAGGCCUGGAGCCAAAGGUUAAAGGAGGAGUACCUUUCAUUGAUAAAAUAUGUAGAAAACAACAAAAAAGCUGACAAUGACUGGUUUCGUUUACAAUCUAAUGAGCAGGGUACCAAGUGGUUUGGUAAAUGUUGGUACAUUCACAAUCUACUAAAGUACGAGUUUGAUAUUGAAUUUGACAUUCCAGUAACUUAUCCAACAACAGCACCUGAAAUAGCGCUGCCUGAACUUGAUGGAAAAACUGCUAAAAUGUACAGAGGAGGAAAAAUUUGUUUAACAGAUCACUUUAAACCUUUGUGGGCAAGAAAUGUCCCCAAAUUUGGUAUUGGUCAUGCAAUGGCACUUGGUCUGGGACCAUGGCUUGCAGUGGAAAUUCCAGAACUUAUUGAAAGGGGAGUUGUAAAGCACAAAGAUAAUGUUAAAUCUGAAUGAUUGUAAUGGUAAAUUUCGCUAUUAAAUACUAUUGUAAAUAAGUUUUUUUUUUCAAUGUCAACAAAAUUAUACAGAUAUUUGUGUUAAUUAUAAAAAAAGAAGAGACUUUAUUUGUAACAAUGAAAUAAAUUAUAUUCAAUAUUUUGUACAUUAUUUACACUUGGUUUUUAGAUCUGUAUAUUAUAAGAAAAUUACUUAUCUUCAUCAGUUUUGGUUGAGAUGCAUCAGGCUUCCAGCCAACCAUAUAAAUAAUCUGAAAAGUAGCUGGGAUGUACCUACUACCAUCUUCCUCUUUGAUUUUACCAUAGAGUUGAUCAUAAAUAGCUGAAGCAGCUAAUAAAGUAUCUCUCUUUAAAUGUAAA